GAGAGAGAGAGAGAGAGAGACAGAGAGAGAGAGUGUGUGUGUGUGAGAGAGAGAGAGAGAGAGGGGGGGGGAGAGAGAGAGAGAUCCUCCUCUCCGGUCAGAAGAGAGAAGGAUGGAGAGAGAAUAGAGGGAAAACAAUAAAAAUGAAAUGAUUCGGUUUGGUUUCAGCUCCACGGAGUAAAUGAUGCAGAGGAAUAACAGAAGACUGAAAUGAGAUCAUAAUAAUUUUUCCAGGUUAUUUUUGUCCAUUUCGGUGUGCGUUUAUCUGCCAUGGUGGACUCGGUGCCAGAGAUCAGGCCUCUGGAGCGCUACGAGCCGAACCAAGCCAGAACCUGCGCCAGUCUCCGCUGGCUCCUCACCAAAGCGUUCGGCUCAUCAGGUGAUGUUCCAGCAGAGCUGAGUGAAUCUGUACCUGGUGAUCAGGAUGGUGAUGCAGUGGGCGUGGCUCUGGAGCGCCUCCUGCUGUCCUGUGAGCUGUACUCUCGCGCAUGUCUGUGUCUCCUGCAGCGACACAAACACUCACACACACACUCGCACAGAGACCUGCUGCAGUUACUCCAGGAACACAGCGUGUCACCGACACACACUCAGACAAACACACCAGUCACGGACACCGAGCUGACGAGCAAACCUAUCAACAUGGGAGCUCAUUUGGCCCUGAUAGAUUCCCUGAUGUCAUUGGCUGCCAUGGAGACAGUAGGCAUGGUCAAGAUGGCCAAGGAGGCAGAGCAGUUUGGGGAUGGAGCCAGCUGGGAAAACUCCCUCCUGUUCUGGAUUAACAAGUUGAAUCAGAAGUUGAGAGAGAGCACAGAGUCAGAGGACAGUCAGAAGACUCAGCGCAGCACAGAACUUCAACCUCUACAACCGUCUUGUCCCUCACGCUGGUAUUGGAAGCUGGUUCCACAUGCCAUCGCUUUUUGUUUGAAGGAGUCGGGGAAAAAACCUCCUGUGAUCCGCUACAGAAAGGACAAGGUGCGGUCUAAACAGACUCCCACCUUUUCAGUCGUGUCCGGAGUGAAAGAUCUGUCCAACGGCUGUGCUAUCGCUGCCACCAUACACUUCUACUGCCCCCAGAUUCUGCCCCUAGAGGAGGUUUGUUUGAAGGACACCAUGUCAGUAGCAGACAGCUUGUAUAAUCUGCAGUUGAUCAGAGAGUUUUGCAAUGAUCAUCUGCAAGGCUGCUGCCCCCUAGUGUUGGAGGACCUACUGUAUGCCCCGCCCAUAUUAAGGGUAAAUAUUAUGUGCUUCCUGGCUGAACUACUGGCUGUGUUUGAAGUGCAGAAACCUGAUAUCAUCAAGCCAGUGCACACCCUGGACCUGACAGAUGCCUCUGGUUUAGAUGAGUGCACUAGCCCUAUCAAUGGCAACAGUGGAUCACCGUUCCUGCUUAAGCAACCCAUCUUGUCAUUGUCAUCCCCUGUAUCUUCUGGUGGAGGAACAGAGGGCCGGGGAUGGAGUACAAAACAGAUCAGUCGUCCUCUCUCUGCUGUGGCUUUUAGCAUUCCUUUUCCUUUGGACAGUGACGUGGAUGUCGUCAUGGGCAAUCCUCUGUUCCGCUCAGCCAGCACUGACAGCCUCACCAUGGCAACAAAUCCUGCUUUGUACACUCCUCCUGAGGAUCUGAGUAAGCUGAUUGGUCAGGCUCCGCUGGGGGAGUUGCCCGCCAUUGAGGAGGCGCUGCAAGUCAUUCACAAGGUGCAGAAUGAACCACGGCAGCGUCCAGAGGGAGCACCAGCAGGUUUUUUCCUCCACUCCCCUGACAAGGAAAAGACCAGACUGAGCAGCUCUGCCCCAUGCCAUUCUGGGAUGAUGUACAGACCAAUUGGUGGGGAAGGAAUUAGUGGCAGAAGGCCAACAGGUUGUUCUAGAGAUUCUGACACAUCAGAAGACCCCGGAACACCCACCAAUGGACCGAGAGGAGGCCAAAUGACAAGUUUUGCUGAGCGCAGGAAAAGGCUUCCGGAGUCCCCAGGAACAUCCAGGGUUCUGGGAUCAGAGGAACCUUCAAGCCCAGGGAUGAUGAGCCCUGCUGGCACAGCAGAGGCACAGGAGCUAGGGGCACAGUUGGAGGAAAAACGUAAAGCCAUUGAAGCACAGAAGAGACGGAUUGAGGCCAUCUUUACCAAGCACAGACAGAGACUCGGCAAGAGCGCCUUUCUCCAACUGCAACGGGAACAAGGGGAAGGAGGAAAUGGAGUCAAAGAGGAGGCGGAUUCACUUAGUCUAGAUGAGAGGUUGACUCGAAUGGAGGAAGCACUGCAGAAGGAAGAGGAGAAGGAGAAAGACAAGAAAAAAGAGGAAAUGGAAGAGAAGGUUGGGGUUCAAGAUGUCCAAGCACCGCCCAAACUGGAGAAGCAGGUGACAUUCUCACUAGAGCCGAAGAAGAUUCCAGAGAAAGAGCCUCCACUGGGCGAAUACAAUGAGGCAGUGUCGAAGUUAACCUCUGCCUUACAGGCACUACAGAAGGACAUGCAGCGUCUCACAGAACAGCAGCAGAAGCUGAUGGGAAAGAAAACAUCUGCACCAUCAUCAUCCAAAACCACGCCAUCAAAAACAACCCCAUCUCCAAGCAAAGCAUGGGUCAUACCAGCAAGUCCAAAAAUCUCAGCCACACCCCCUCGUCUUUCACGUGAAUCCACCCGUGACCCUUCACCCUCAGGGUCACCAUCACGUCAAAGUGACCUUAAAUCACCCAAAACAUCCAAAACAUCCACUCGUAGACUUUAUAACAAUUCCCCCCCUCCUAAGAGCCCCAAACGACACCACUCCAGCCGCCCUUGUGACCUCAAUUUCCAGCCCCUCACCCGUGUCCUCUCACCUCCCCAGAACGUCGACACGCUACCCCACCUUCGCCGUGUCUCUCCCAGUCAAUGUCAGGUGCAGACCAACUCCUGCCUUAGAAUCGGAGGUCCACGUACACCCCAGGAGCCUGAAACUCAACUCCAACCGCCAUCAGCCCAAGAAAGUGCAGAGUCUGAGUCCGGGUCCAGCGAUGAGCACACUCCACUGUUCAACCUGGAACUGGAGCCCACUGACCCUGCACCGCCCCCUGCUGUGGAGUGUGCUGUGAGUGUCUGUGGUGGCAGUAGCUCUGGAGCACCCUCUGAGUGCUCAUUUCUCAGUGACGUGCUCAUCAGCACCUCUCAGAGGCAGGAGGAGGGAGAGACAGAUCAGGAGCAGCUCGACAUCUUCUCCUCUGACUCCAUGAGUGACCACACGGAGACCGAGAGCAAAGCAGGGCUCAGCUUCUACUUUAAGGAGGAGGGUCUGUCAGAGGAGGAGAUGGCACUGAAGAGAGCGUUGCUGCUAGAGCGACAGCAGAGGCGUGCAGAUGAGCUGAAGAGACGGAGAGAGAGACAAGAGCAGGAGAACCCAAGUCAUCUUUCUUCUACAGACAGUCUCCUCCCCUCUGUGAUUCCACUCCUUUCCCAGUCUCUGCCCACCACAUACGGCCCUCCCCUGCCACCCCAGACUGCACAUGCCCCGAGGACACCUCAGGCCACGCCCCCCGGGACACCACAAAGGCGUGGCGGGUUCACAAAGGCGGAGUACGAGCGAAGGCAUCAGCUGAAGAUAAUGACUGACCUGGAGAGAGUGCUGAAGCAGAAACCAGCACAGCGCAGCAACAAGAAACAACAUGCACACUCACCGCGCAAGGAGAAAAAAGCAGCACAGCCGAAACUCGUCCAGCCCAACGGCCCCCUGCCCCCACACAAACUCACCAGCACCUCUGACUCCGCCUCUAAAUUGAUGUCACCUGGCUGCCCAGCCAAUCAGAAUGGAGAGAAGGAUUGGGAAAAUGGCUCUAAUGCUUCUUCUCCAGCGUCGGUCACAGAAUAUACUGGACCCAAAUUGUUCAAGGAGCCAAGUUUCAAGUCCAACAAGUUCAUCAUCCACAAUGCUCUCUCACGCUGCUGCCUCGCAGGAAAGGUCAACGAGAGUCAGAAGAACAAGAUUGUGGAGGAAAUGGAGAAAAGCUCGGCCAACCACUUCCUCAUCCUCCUCCGUGACUCCAACUGUCAGUUCCGCGCCGUCUACACACUGGAUGUCCAGUCGGAUGAGAUGCAGAGGCUGUGUGGCGUCGGUCCAAGAGCAAUUCCCUGCUCUUCAGUGGAGGCCAUUUACAAGUACAACUCAGACAGGAAGCAGUUCAGCGCGCUGCCGUCUCGCACCGUGAGCAUGAGUGUGGACGCCUUCACUAUUCCAGGCCACUUAUGGCAAAACAAGAAACAAAGCACACCCAAAAAAACAGCCACUCCUAAAUAGGAAGAUGAUGCCUUUGCAGCAGGAGACUACUCGGUCUUGGGAGACUCUUUGAUGGACUGUUCUGGUUCUACCGUUAUUGGAUCGGAAAGGAGUACCAAUAUCUGUGUGACAAUUUAUCCCAAAAUCUUAGUGGCUAACCAUGAACUUUGAACAGUAACAAAAUAGAAUUUCAGCUACUGGAGCUUGUAUCAUCUAGCAUGUUUGGGUGAAGUGUUGCCUGAACAUCAUCCAGACCAUACAGAGGGGGAAAAACAAGCAAAAUUAUGAAAAACAUUUUCUCAGUCUUGGUAUUUCUUACAACAUAAAAAUCCUCCAUAAUUGCAUGUAAAUGGUAGGAAUAGAGCACGAGUCAUACCACCUGAGCACUUCUGAAGAGCCAGACUAGUUCAGAUUGUCUGAGAAACUGAGUUUUGACUGAUGAUAAAAAAACAACAAAAAAACAAAAACAUUGCUGCUAAUACUCUCCUAACACUCACAUUUGGCCUUAAAUCCAGUUGUGAUUGGACGAGAGACUGUAGGAUUUCUGUGCCAAUUUGUUAGAAAAGUUAUGAGAAGCAACGAUUGCAUGGAGAUUGGUUUGUAAAGGCUUGUACUCAGGAAACUGAUGCGAAAAAUCAGAUUCCUCAUACGUUCAUAAUUAUCCAAGUCACGAAAUCUGAUCUGAGGUCUGCACUCCGAGCUGAAAAUGUUUUGUGUUUGUUGCGACUGUAUUUAUACUUGUAUUUGGACAUUUAAAAAAAAAAAAAAAACCCUCCUGG